GGAGGGGAAGGCAGAAGGCAGGAUGGACAGGGCGGUGGCACCGCUCAAGUGAGACAGGAUCCAGGCCCCACAGUCGAGAGUUAAAACCAGGCGUUCCCGGGUCGUAGGAGGCCGAGGCGAGCUGCUAGACGGGCAGGGGCCGAUGCGAGGCAGCCGACCACGGCGGCGCACUCACUCCGCCCGGGGCCAACGCCGGUCCGGAGGCGCACCCCCCCCACCCUUUCGUCUCUUUUGGUUUCGACCUGCCGACUGGGAGGGGCCGCGGGACGCCAUUCCCACAAUGCUCUGGGGCGUGCCGCCGCCGUCGCUGCCGCCUCCGCUACCGCUAGUGGAAGAAGAUGGCGGAAGGCGGAGCGGCAGAUCUGGACAUCCAGCGUUCUGACAUCGCGACGCUGCUCAAAACCUCGCUCCGGAAAGGGGACACCUGGUACCUAGUCGAUAGUCGCUGGUUCAAACAGUGGAAAAAGUAUGUUGGCUUUGACAGUUGGGACAAAUACCAGAUGGGAGAUCAAAACGUUUAUCCUGGACCCAUUGAUAACUCUGGGCUUCUUAGAGAUGGCGAUGCCCAGUCACUUAAGGAGCACCUUAUUGAUGAAUUGGAUUACAUACUGUUGCCAACUGAGGGCUGGAACAAACUUGUCAGCUGGUACACAUUGAUGGAAGGUCAGGAACCAAUAGCACGAAAGGUGGUUGAACAGGGUAUGUUUGUAAAACACUGCAAAGUAGAAGUAUAUCUCACAGAAUUGAAGCUCUGUGAAAAUGGAAACAUGAACAAUGUUGUAACACGAAGAUUUAGCAAAGCUGACACAAUAGAUACAAUUGAAAAGGAAAUAAGAAAAAUCUUCAAUAUUCCAGAUGAAAAGGAGACCAGAUUGUGGAACAAAUACAUGAGUAAUACAUUUGAACCACUGAAUAAACCAGACAGCACCAUUCAGGAUGCUGGUUUAUACCAAGGACAGGUGUUAGUGAUAGAACAGAAAAAUGAAGAUGGAACAUGGCCAAGGGGUCCGUCUACUCCUAAGUCCCCAGGUGCAUCCAAUUUUUCAACUUUACCAAAGAUCUCUCCUUCAUCUCUAUCAAAUAAUUAUAACAACAUCAACAACAGAAAUGUGAAAAACUCAAAUUAUUGUCUCCCAUCAUAUACCGCUUAUAAGAACUAUGAUUAUUCAGAACCUGGAAGAAACAAUGAACAACCAGGCCUCUGUGGCCUGAGUAAUUUGGGAAAUACGUGUUUCAUGAACUCAGCUUUUCAGUGUUUGAGCAAUACACCUCCACUUACUGAAUAUUUCCUGAAUGAUAAGUAUCAAGAAGAACUGAAUUUUGACAAUCCCUUAGGAAUGAGAGGUGAAAUAGCUAAAUCUUAUGCUGAAUUGAUCAAGCAAAUGUGGUCUGGAAAGUACAGCUAUGUCACACCAAGAGCCUUUAAGACACAAGUAGGACGUUUUGCACCUCAGUUCUCUGGAUACCAGCAGCAGGACUGUCAAGAACUAUUAGCUUUCCUAUUAGAUGGACUACAUGAGGAUUUGAAUAGAAUUAGGAAAAAACCAUAUAUACAAUUAAAAGAUGCUGAUGGAAGACCAGAUAAGGUAGUUGCUGAAGAAGCCUGGGAAAACCAUUUAAAAAGAAAUGAUUCUAUCAUAGUAGAUAUAUUUCAUGGCCUUUUUAAAUCAACUUUAGUUUGUCCGGAAUGUGCUAAGAUUUCAGUAACAUUUGAUCCUUUUUGUUACUUGACACUUCCAUUGCCCAUGAAGAAGGAACGUACCUUGGAAGUUUAUUUAGUUAGAAUGGAUCCACUUACCAAACCUAUGCAGUACAAAGUGGUUGUCCCCAAAAUUGGAAACAUACUUGAUCUUUGUACAGCAUUGUCUCUUUUGUCAGGAGUACCUGCAGAUAAGAUGAUAGUUACUGAUAUAUACAAUCAUAGAUUUCACAGAAUAUUUGCAAUGGAUGAAAAUCUUAGUAGUAUUAUGGAACGUGAUGAUAUUUAUGUGUUUGAGAUUAACAUAAAUAGGACAGAAGAUACAGAGCAUGUGAUUAUUCCUGUUUGCCUGAGAGAAAAAUUUAGACACUCAAGUUACACCCACCAUACUGGUUCUUCACUUUUUGGUCAGCCUUUUCUUAUGGCUGUUCCACGAAACAAUACUGAAGAUAAACUCUAUAAUCUUUUGCUUGUGAGAAUGUGCCGAUAUGUCAAAAUAUCUACUGACACUGAAGACACUGAAGGAUCCCUACACUGCUGUAAGGACCAAAAUAUUAAUGGGAAUGGCCCAAAUGGCAUCCAUGAAGAAGGCUCACCAAGUGAAAUGGAAACAGAUGAGCCAGAUGAUGAAUCCAGCCAGGAUCAAGAACUGCCCUCUGAGAAUGAGAACAGUCAGUCGGAAGAUUCAGUUGGAGGAGAUAAUGAUUCUGAAAAUGGAUUAUGUACUGAAGAGACUUGCAGAGGUCAACUCACGGGACACAAAAAGCGAUUGUUUACAUUCCAGUUCAACAACUUAGGCAAUACUGAUAUCAACUACAUCAAAGAUGAUACCAGGCAUAUAAGAUUUGAUGAUAGGCAGCUUAGGUUAGAUGAAAGGUCUUUCCUUGCUUUGGAUUGGGAUCCUGAUUUGAAAAAAAGAUAUUUUGAUGAAAAUGCUGCUGAGGAUUUUGAAAAACAUGAAAGUGUGGAAUACAAACCUCCUAAAAAACCCUUUGUGAAAUUAAAAGAUUGCAUUGAGCUUUUUACAACAAAAGAAAAGCUAGGUGCUGAAGAUCCCUGGUAUUGUCCCAAUUGUAAAGAACAUCAGCAAGCCACAAAGAAAUUGGAUUUAUGGUCUCUGCCUCCAGUACUUGUGGUACAUCUCAAGCGAUUUUCUUAUAGUCGAUACAUGAGAGACAAGUUGGAUACCUUAGUUGAUUUUCCUAUCAAUGAUUUGGAUAUGUCAGAAUUCCUAAUUAAUCCAAAUGCAGGUCCUUGCCGCUAUAAUUUGAUUGCUGUUUCCAACCACUAUGGAGGAAUGGGAGGAGGACACUAUACUGCUUUCGCAAAAAAUAAAGAUGAUGGAAAAUGGUACUACUUUGAUGAUAGUAGUGUCUCAACUGCGUCUGAAGACCAGAUUGUGUCCAAAGCAGCAUAUGUACUCUUCUACCAGAGACAAGACACUUUCAGUGGAACUGGCUUUUUCCCCCUUGACCGAGAAACUAAAGGUGCUUCAGCUGCCACAGGCAUCCCAUUAGAAAGUGAUGAAGAUAGCAAUGAUAAUGACAAUGAUAUAGAAAAUGAGAACUGUAUGCACACUAACUAAUGAAAGUCCUAGAAGCCAUAAAAGAGAGACUUUCCUGCUGGUGGUAUCUAUUGAAAUGAUGAAGUUACCCACCACAUUAAACAAAAGUCUGAGAUGGGGAGUUUCAGAUCACUGAAUGUAAAUCCUUUAUCAGAUUUUAACUUGUGCAGUACUUGAAGUGAAACACAAUGAAAACUUUAACAGAAAUUGUCUCUUAAUACAUUUACAGUCUUGUAUUUACAAGCUAAAUAUAUAUAGGAAAUCACAAAUAAAUCCCUUUUAAGUUUG